AUGAAGACAUUUAUUGGCCGUUUUCGUCAUAUCAUGGACUCUUCCCAGAAUACUUUCAAUGAGGACACAUCUGCAUUGGUGGCCCGGCUGGAUGAGUUGGAGCGGACCUUAUUCCAGACUGGUCAGAAGGGACUCCAGGACUUCCAAUGCUGGGAAAUGGGUCAGGCCUCCCAAAUCACAAUAUCUAGCCUCAUCCAGAAUUACAAAAAGAGAAAAUUCACUGACGUGGACAGCUAAGAUCACAAAGAGGCCUUGUAGGAAACGUGGAUUUUGUGGAUACUUGGGUUCAAGCACUGAGAAGAACCAACGUUCACUUAUCCAUUUAAAAUUAUUUCCAGUAGUAAUUUGAGAUAGGAUGCCAAAUAAUGUUCUGACUCUGAAUGAAUAGAUAGAGCAGCAGCAACAAAUUGCUUUGGGGAAUAACAUUUCAAUGUUUCUAUUUUGAUUUUUGUUGUAAUAAUUUAAAGGAAUUAU